AUGGCAACCGAACCUAGCAACUGGCCAUUGCCAUGGCGUAUAAUGAUUCUCCUCAACGUGAGCUUCUAUAACAUGAUGGGAAACGUGUUUGCUGCUGGCGUUUCUCCUAUGUUCACUCUUCUUAUUGAAGAUUUGCAUUGUUCGACCAAUCAAGCAGCACACCUGACGACAUAUGCACUGCUCAUGCUAGGACUUUCGAAUCUUUGGGCUGUGCCAAUUGUGGAAUACUUGGGCAAACGAUACACGAUUCUCAUAUCAAUGACGGUCUUUCUCGCAGCGAAUAUAUGGGCGGCGACGGCGCAGACGUACGAUUCGCUACUAGGAACGAGAUUUCUCGGCGGCUUAUCUGCGGGAGUUAUCGAAGCAUUAGGACCAAUUAUUGUCUCAGAAUGUUUUCGUGAGAAGCAACUUGCUACUGCUAUGGUUGUUUACGUCGGAUUUUUGGCAGCUGGGUCAGCUAUCGGUCCAAUUGUAGCCGGCGGAAUUGCGUCUGGCCUGAAUAGCUGGCGCUGGUUUUUCGUAGUCUCGUCUAUCGUAAUUGGUGUCAAUCUUGUGGCCUCCAUUUUGAUGCUUCCAAGCAGUGAAUAUGCCGUUGACAACAGCUAUGGUGCCAACGACGAAACCCAAGAAACCAAAAUUAUGGGCACGCCAUGCGAUACGCAAUGUGAAAUUGAGUCUACCGAGAAUGAAAUCGAGACACCGAAGAGUCACUAUAAAAUUUGGGUGGAAAGGUCAUUCUAUUUUCGGGUCGAGAGUGGGCGACAUCGAGAGAGCCUGCUGAAACUACUCGUUCGCCCAUUUCCACUGUUACUCUUGCCUGAAGUGCUAGUUACAACCCUUACUUUCGGUCUAACCAUCGGCUGGACAGUUCUGACGUCUGUCCUAGUCGGCAAUCUCUAUGCAAUGCCUCCGAGGCUAUUUGCUCCGUGGCAGAUUGGCUUUAUCAACUUUGGAGCCCUUAUAGGGCUGAUGAUCGGGCUUCCGAUAGGCGGUGUAGUCGCCGACUUGUUGUCAAUGAGAGCAUUGAAGAAGGCCAACGGGCAACAUGACCCUAAAAGCAGGAUACCGCUUGUCUUGCUUGGGGCUCUAAUAAGUCCUACUGGAUGCGUAGUCAUCGGAGUAUCUCUUCAACACGAUCUAAACUGGGCCGGUACGAGUGUGGGUUGGGGUUUACUGUCCUUUGGGCUCACUGCUUCAGCCAACAUACUUUUGACGUACGCCGUUGAUUGCCACCUAUCUCGAGCUAUGGAAAUUGGUGUCCUUGUCAAUGUCAUCAAGAAUAGCAUAGGAUUUGGGGUUUCAUAUGCUGCCAUCACUUGGUACGAUAAGUCUGGUGGAGAGGUACAGUAUGGGUCAAUGGCUGGAAUCUUGUGGGCGGCUUAUUUCCUUGUUAUUCCCCUCUAUUUUUUCAGCGACUCCUUAAAGAAACUUUCUGCUCGUUGGUUCACAGAGGAUGGUGCAUAG